AUGGACUUCGACCUGCCACUUGCGCGCGCCGGCCUCAUGGUGUCGAUGGCAGAGCCCCGUAGUGCUCUUGCCAUACUGGUGUCAGUGGCAUUGAUCCUCACCCUCUUUGCUUUCUGUGCUGGCCGCAGCACGCGAUCAACUGUGCAUGGUGGUUCACCAGUGGGACCCCCCACGCCCCCGCUGCUUGCUUCGCUUCUUGAGACACUGCCGAACGCCCUACAGCAUGUGAUCCCGCAGGAGCUGGAGCGGCUCCUGCCUCCGUUGCUGGAGGCUGCGAUCGCAGCGUCACUGCCAGGCCCAAGCAGCUCCGCCGAUGCUACUGACAACACCUCGGUGAACUUGGCAGUCGACACAGUCAGAGAUGUAGUGGAGCAGGCUCUUGAUGCCAAGUGGGGGGCAAUGCGACCGGCCUCACAGCGGGACUUGGAACAGGCUGUCACGACCUUGAACGACCAUGUGGAGAAGCUGGUGGCAUCUCGAUAUGCGGACUUCGAGGAGAUCCUACAGAAGCAAGCAAGCGGCUUGACUCGACAGCUGCUCGACAAGCACAAGGACACCCAGACGGCGAUGGAUGGCUUGAAGCAAUUGCUGCAAAACCUGCAGCAAACGUUUGCCCUGGCCAACAAGACGGAACAGGGUCGCUUUCAGACCUUGGAAACCGCGCUUAAAGGAGCAAUGGAAGUGCAGGAGACCAAUGUCAAGGCCCGCAUUGACCUCCUCAACAGCGACGUUGCAAGCAAGCUGACCUCGCUGGACACGAACCAGGCCAAGUUCGAGGUUCACGUCGCAAAGCUGGAGGGUCUGAUGAGCAAACUGGAGUCUUUGCCAGGCAAGUUUGCAACCUUCACAGACCGGGUGGAGAGCGCCAUCAGAGAUCGAACUACCUCCUUGCAACAGGAUGUGAACAAGAACUUGGGCAUGGUAGAGCAAAUGGGCAAGGACCAGAUGGGGCUCACCAGGAGGCUCACUUCGAGCUUGGACAGUCUGCAGGCGGCAACGGCGAACAUGGGGGCGGCCUUGGGGGCACCCCCCUCAGACAGCCCCGGGGUCAAGGACAUCCAGAACCUUCUGAAGGAUGUGGCGGCCCAAACAGCUUCCUUGUCGGAUGCCUUGCACGAUGUGGUGAAGGACAUGAAGGACCUGAAGGACAGGCCCCGUACUGCUUCUCCGCCGAGCGGCACGGCCAUGGGCUCUGCCGAUGUUCUGGGGGCUGCGAUCCCACAGCCUGUGCCACCGCAGACUGUGGCAGGCACAAUGCCGGCAGUGAUUGAUCUAUCGAGCCGCAUACCGGCACGCCCCACGGCGCAGAACACGCAGUGGGCCACCUUGAUCCUCGCCAACGGCAAGAGGAUGCUUGUUUCAGAGGACGAUGUGAUUGGAGCCCAGCAGGGCCCGGCUUUCAUGCAGAUGCGCUGA